ACCACUACCUACAGGCUACAGUGUGGAAUCUGCCUUGGGGAGAAGAAGGAAAGGGAAGAGCGGAGAAAGAGAAAAGAGACGGAGAUCUGAGCUUCUUCUGUUCUUCCGAGGAUGACGAUGAUGAUCAACUCCAUCAACAUUUAUGUCCUCCUUCUUCUCCUCAUCUCUCCGGCAGUCGUAAUCGCUGAGAUUCGAUCCUCCGAGAUUCGCAACGAUGCACGUGGCAUCAUCCCCUUGGACGAGUUCGGCUUCACUCACCGGGGCCGCCUCGACCUCAAAGUCUCCUCCAUCUCCCUCUCCUCCGACCCAUCCUCUCUCGACUUCUCCCGCCUCGGUUUCUUCCUCUGCACCCGCGAUGCCUGGUUUCACGUCCUCCACCAGAUCGACGACUCCCAGAUCACCUGCGCCCUCCAGUCCGACGCCGUCGAUCUGGUCUUCACCUUCGACUCCCUCCCUACCCCCAUUUCCUUCUCCAAACCCCACAACAUCUCCAUCCCUGAUCAGUACUCUCUCGUCUUCGCCAGCUGCCUCCCCAACCUCCGCGUCUCCAUGAAAGUCCACUCCGCCAUGUACAAUUUGCAACCCGGUCCCGACUCCAACCGCCGCGAUUAUCUCUCCGCCGGUAAAACCCCCCUCCCCACGAUUUAUUUCUUGUUUUCCCUCGUCUAUUUCGCCUUGGCCGCCCUCUGGAUCCAUGUUCUGUACAAGAAACGCUUGACCGUCUUCGCCAUCCAUUUCUUCAUGCUCGCCGUGGUUAUCUUGAAGGCCCUCAAUCUCCUGUGCGAGGCCGAGGACAAGUCUUAUAUUAACCGAACCGGGAGCGCCCACGGAUGGGAUGUCUUGUUCUACGUGUUUAGCUUCUUCAAGGGGAUUACCCUCUUCUCUUUGAUUGUGUUGAUUGGGACUGGGUGGUCCUUUUUGAAGCCCUACUUGCAGGACAAGGAAAAGAAGGUUUUGAUGAUCGUCAUUCCUCUUCAGGUCGUUGCUAAUAUAGCUCAGGUUGUGAUUGAUGAGUCCGUGCCGUUUGACCAAGAUUGGGUCACGUGGAAGCAGGUUUUCCUGUUGGUGGAUGUAGUGUGCUGUUGUGCCGUCUUGUUCCCGAUUGUUUGGUCUAUAAAGAACUUGCGCGAGGCUGCCAGGACUGAUGGCAAGGCUGCUGUGAAUUUGAUGAAGUUGACCUUGUUUAGGCAGUAUUAUAUCGUGGUCAUCUGCUACAUUUACUUUACGAGGGUGGUGGUGUAUGCGUUGGAGACCAUCACUUCGUAUAGGUAUCUCUGGACCAGUGUUGUGGCUGGGGAGUUGGCCACUCUUGCCUUUUAUGUUUUCACUGGCUACAACUUUAAGCCUGAAGCGCACAAUCCCUAUUUUGUGGUUGAUGAUGAAGAGGAGGAGGCUGCGGCUGAGCAGUUGAAGCUUGAAGAUGAAUUUGAAUUAUGAGCCAGAUGAUACCUGUCAGGGUGAGUCUAUUCUUUUAUUGCCAUAUUUCUAGGACAUCAGUAGUGUAGUGUUUUGCGUCUUCAUAUGUGAUGUUUGUUUAAGGCUUUUGAUGACUAAGGCCAGUAGUAUAUACCUGUCAUCGACUAUAAUGUGUCUGUGAUUUUUGUCAAACAAAUUUUUGUGGGAAUGGAGUCAUAUUUGUAGGUUCCAAUACUAGAUUUUCCUUGUAAUAUAUAACAGUAUUAUACUCUUACUGUCUUUUCCUAUUUUAUGUUCAAUGAGCCAACUGUUGCAGCUCUUGAUUUUGGGAACU